AGGCUCAACUCAGUGCCAACAGCACCGACAUGUCAAUGUUUGUGGAAUGUGAUAGGCUGCUCUGGUAAGACAGAGCUUUGCCGCAUGGAGGAUUCUCCUGACUUCCUGUCAAGGGAGGAGAAAGAGUUUGUUGUGACGGUCCAGGAGAAGUUCCAUGAGGAGCUUGCCGCUCGAAAAGCGCAGGGCAAGGCAUACCCUUGCCUUCUGGGGUCCGUGGCACUGGCACGCAUUCUCCGGGCAGCCGAGGGCAACGUGGAGAAAGCUUGUGAGUGGUUCCAGGCGCUUCUCCGAACGCUGUCUGACCCGGCCACAGAUGAAUUGGUGCAAGAUGCACUGAGCCGCUUUGGCAACGAUUCACACAUCAUCAAUGCCAGCAUGCUGCCUCAUCAUGAGGCAAUCAGCGAUUUCUAUCACGCAGAGCUUUGUGCUCCCCUUCUGUCCCCUGAUGGCGAUAUGGUCAUGUACUUGCCAUUGGUUGAUCUAGACCGUGAUGGGAUAUUGGAGCAUUUGGACUGGGAUCACUGGGUGAAAUUCAGCCGCGCCUGCACCGUGAUGCAGUGCGCUGCCUUGGAUUUUCUCAGCCGCAAGAAUCAGCGCUUCGCGCGGAUGAUUCUCAUUGUGGACUUGGAGGGUAUGUCAAUGGAAGGCGUGGUUCAUCGCACCUUUGCCCGUGCGCACCGCCGGGAUGUGAUCGACAGCUUCCAGCAGCGUGUGGCGGCAGAGAUCGUGACCUCGGUGUACGUGGUGAAUGUGCCCUGGGCCAUUGCCAACCUCUUCAGCCUUUGCAAGACCUUCAUCCCAGCCAAGUUCCUGAAAAAGGUCCGGGUGCUCUCCUCCAACGCCUUGAAGGACUCAUCCUUCGUGGAGAACUGCGGGGGUCAGGAGCAGCUCUCGGAGCUCUUCGCCUCCCGCAAGGGGCUGGUCUCAAGCAACUCCCAGAGGCACGAGAGCCAGCGCCUGGCCUUCCUGGACGUGUGGCCGGAUGAGGAGGAGCUGCAACACAUCCAGAGGCUCCGGGAGAAGUUUGCGGAGCAGUUGCAGGUGCGAGAAGCUAAUGGCACGGCCUGGCCCUGCUUCAUGAGUGACGUAGCGAUGGCACGUGUGCUGCGCGGCAACGAGGGCUACUUGUCGGAGGCCACGAACUGGUUCCAGAAGUUCUUGACGAAGAUGGACAAGUGGGGCGUGGACGAGAUCGCCAGGGACGUCACGGCCAAAAUGGCGCAGGCCGAGCGCGGGUCUCUAACCAUGCUCCCCCAUGCGGAGGAGGUCGGUCGGCACUUCCGCUGUGUAUUCUCUGCACCGAGGCUGACGCCGGCCGGAGACGUGAUUUGGUAUCUGCCCCUGAGCGACUUUGACCGCCAGGGCCUGGUGGAUCAGGUGGAGUGGAAGCACUGGGAGGAGUUUGUCCGUGCGAUGAUCGUCUUGCGGGCUGCCGAGGCGCAAAAGCUGAGCCAAGCUCAGCACCGCCUGGCAAAGUGCGUGACGAUUCUGGAUCUGCACGGCAGUGGGAUUGGAACAACCGGGGUUCCCAAAGUGGAGUCCUUUGACGAGCCCAACCAGAAGAACAUGAAGUUUAUGCGACAGAUCGUGAUUGACAUCCUGGGGCCGGUCUAUGUGUUGAACGCACCCUGGGUGGCUGUCAAAGCAUUUAACUGGUUCAAGUCCCUUGUGCCGGAGCGGUUUUCGCGGAAGGUGAUACUGCUGGAUGGGGAUGGCACAUAUGACGACGAUUUCGUGGAGAUGGUGGGCGAGGCCCAGCUGAAGCAUCUGCUGGCAACGCGGAUUGGCCUUCUUUCCGGAGAGACAGACGCUGACGCCGGUGAGUGUUCCAUCGGUGCCGGCGAGAGCUUGAACAAAUGUCGAGACCUCAAAUGUGGAGAGACCAUCGCUUGGUCGUUUACUGUCGAAUCUGGCGAUGCUGAUGGCUGGCUUGGGGUUUCGGACAUUGUUUUCUCUGCAAAGAUGAUGUUCCAUCCAGACUUCAAUAGGGAGGAGGUGGAGGAGGAAGGUCAGGGGACUCUCGCCUUGGAAGAAACAACGGUGCAAGCAUCAAACGGGCAGGUAACAGGAAAGUAUACAGCUGCUCGCGAUGGAGUUGUGACACUGUGCUGGAGUAAUGAGCACAGUAGAAUGCGGACAAAAGGUGUUCAAUUUCAAAUUGAUCUUCAGCGUUAAACGCUGAGUGCUGCCACUCCUGAAGAAGCCUAUAUGGGAUGCAUGCCCUUUUCCCCACGGGCCCAAUCCAGAUGAUUGGCCCUAAUCCCGGCAGCUCCUUGCCACAGGAUUCCGGCGGAGGCAGCUUGUAGUGCUGAGCGAGGCAGCCAGUAGUGCUGUAGCGGUAAUGAGGCAUGAGAGCUUCAAGCUCUCACAUCAUGGCUUCACAACAGCGUUGCCCCUUGCGCAGGCUAGGAGAU